GCUCACCUGGCCAGUUUACACAAGACAGGCGUGCCUGUGCAUUGCAGAUCACAGCAUUGUCACGCCUGCUUGUAAGACAACCAAAGCAAAACACUCCAGACAUGAAAUCUCAAGGAUUUCAUCUGACCUUAUGGAAGCUAAAGACUAACAUCAAAUGGCCUCGUCUUGUUUGCUUUGCUGAGCUUUACAAUUUUAAGAUGCCAUGUCCAAAAACAUGAUGUCGUUUUCUCACCCUGAUGGUCCAACACGACAUCCUAUGGACUGAAUAAACGGACUCUGAUGGAAACCGGCAUCUUUCUGUUGGUUUACUCUGGCCUCUGGGCGAAGUUCCUACUGAGAACAAGAGGUCGUGAGUUUUCUUGGCCAAUAGGAAAUCCCGUUUAUCAAAACAUCCUUUGAUUAGAGCACGCUAAACCAACACAGAGGCCAAAAUCAACUCACAAAAUACUAACGCUGCGGUAAACCUGCACUGAUGUGAUUGGAGAGAGACGUGCAACUUGCAGAAGGAAGUGCAAAAGUGGGAGAAAAAAAACGGCACAGGAAGAGGUCGUUGUGCAAAGAAUCAUGGUUAAUCAUUGACAAAUGGUGCUUGAGUUGCUUGGUAAAUCUCUUUGCACGUGGAGCGGUGUGCAAGAAGAGGAACGGGAGACAGAGGCGUGUUGGAUUCUUUGCAGUUUGGGAUCAAAAGCUGCCCCCAACUGAAUGCACCUCAUGGACAAAGUGAAGGCCAACUCGGGGCCGCUGCCUCGGCGACCCGAUAACUCGGCUUUCAAACAGCAGAGGCUUCCUGCCUGGUCUCCGAUGCUAACAGCGAACACGGUGCUGCCUUUUUUCUACUUUAUGGGUCUGCUGUGUCUUCUACUGGGAGCGUGGCUGCUUGUUACUGUGCAGAGCAUCCAAGAAUUGAAGUUGGACUACACGGAAGCAGGGACAUGUGACGUGUGCUUUAAAAUGCGUAAGGACAUCAGCUCUGCAGCACAACCCUGCACGUGCACAUUUAACUUUUCUACUCCAACAGGAUUCAAGGGAAAUGUCUUUUUCUAUUACGGCCUCCAAAACUUCCACCAGAACCUCCGCAGAUACAUGGACUCCAGAGAUGACGGGCAAUUGGUCGGCAGGAAGAAGAGCCUCAAGAACCCGAGUGAUUAUUGUGAACCCUUUGCAAAGGACCAAAAUGGACUCCCCAUCGCCCCCUGUGGUGCAGUGGCUAACAGCAAGUUUAACGACACCUUCACUCUGGUCUACAACCGUAACAACGGUACUCAAUUUACUGUUACUCUCUUAAGACGGGGCAUUGCCUGGUACACGGACAAAAACGUCAAGUUCCGCAACCCAAGGAUGGACAACUUGACACUGCCCGAAGUGUUUAAAGGCACCGCUCAGCCGCUAUACUGGCAGAAGCCCGUCUACGACCUUGAACCAGAGGACCCGAACAACAACGGCUUCAUCAACGACGACCUGAUCGUGUGGAUGAGGGAAGCGGCCUUCCCCAACUUCAAGAAGCUGUACGGGGUUCUGCGUCCCUUCGAGGAGCCUUUUACCGAGGGUCUGCCUGCAGGAGACUACAGCAUCAACAUCUCCUACAACUUUCCUGUACAGUACUUCAGAGGCAGAAAGCACGUGGUGCUGACCACCCUGACCUGGUUCGGAGGUCAGAAUCAUUUUCUGCCAAUCGCUUAUUUGGUAAGCGGGAACCUGAUUCUGGUCAUAGCCGUCGGACUCACCGCCCUGUGGUGGAUGUUUGGAAAAGAUGGGAAGCACAUGAAGGAAUGAGGAGUCAGAACUAGUGCACAUGGAGGUAGAAG